AUGCUUUGUAGACUUUAUAUUUCGCAAUGCCACUCACUUUGGUUGAGUACCAUGAAGAGUGAUUCUUUACUGGCUCCACAUGAUAUGUAUGCUAUAGUCGAACUGCAUAAUUUACUGAUCGAGAUUGUUCGGGAUACCAACUAGCUCUCGAUAUCAGAACCCCGACUCCUGAACGGUAUCUAAAUAAAUAAUGGCAAGCCCGGCAUCUAUUCCUCGCCUAACUGCCAUUGUAACGGGCGCUGCUCGCGGGAUUGGCAAGGCUAUCGUCCUUCGCCUCAUCGAGGCGGGUUACUCUGUCUGUAUAAGCGAUGUUGCUUCGUCCACAGCCGAAAUCGAUGCGCUCGUCGCUGAGAUCAAUUCCAAACACACCUCGCCAGAUGCCCCAGCCCGUCCGCGCGCAAUUGGUAUCGCGGCCAAUGUCACUUCCUCGGCAGAGGUUGAGGCCAUGAUCAAGGAGACGGUUGCCCAGCUGGGGCCAUUGACACUGAUGGUUGCUAAUGCUGGGGUCGCGCAGAUCAAACCGCUGCUCAAUGUCACCGAGGAGGACGUGGACGAGGUGUUCAAUGUCAAUGUCAAAGGAUUAUUCAUUUGUUACAAACUCGCUGCCAAGCAGAUGAUUGCGCAGGGAGAUCCCCAGUCAGCCGCUGGCGUAAAUGUGUACAAGAUCGUGGGUGCGGCCUCGGUUGUGGCAUGCAAAGCCUGGGCCACUCUGGGAAUCUAUUCAGCCAGCAAGUGGGCGGUUCGAGGUCUGACGCAGGCGAUGGCCAUGGAAAUGGCACCGCACAAGAUCACUGUGAACGCUUACGCGCCCGGCGUUAUUGGAACGGCAAUGUGGGAGCAAAUCGACGAUGCGAUGGGACAGCUGACUGGAAAACCGAAAGGGGCCACUUUUAAGCAGACGGAGAAUCUGAUUUCAUUAGGCAGGACAGGCACGCCCGAGGACGUGUCCGGUCUCGUAGGAGGUUACCUUGCCAGUAAAGAUUCAGACUAUGUGACCGGACAGACCAUGGUCGUGGAUGGUGGUAUCAUCUUCACCUAGGUCAUCACAGGAUACUUGGAGAAGUGUUGAUGGUCAUUCCUGUAUCAAUCAAACAACAAACUGGCACCAUAUGGAUCAUCUGUUGAGAAGCAGGAACAAGCAAGUUCGGUUACAGAAGACAGCAGGAAAUCAAAGACUAACAUCGACUCACUGCUCAGCAUCACAACUGUGUCUGCCAGUAUGCGCGUACGAUUACUCUCCGAAGGUGGGAGAGAAGUACAUCUUGACUUCUGUCUCAGCCAGAAUGGUAUACUACAUCGCGAUCGGGAGGUAGUAUUAUUUCGAUAAGUUGAA